AUGUCAUUUAGAUUUGUAAUAGUGAAUCUGAUUUCUGGUGGAUCUUAUUACACUGGCAAGUAUAUACGAACAAGUGGAUCUGGAACAGUGAUUGGAACUGGUGUGUCCAGAACAAAGACCGUAUCUUGCGUCGAUAAAAGAGGUGACUGUGCCACUUAUGCACUUCAGACAUGUGUAAAUCCGAAAUAUACAGAAUGGGUCAAAGAUAAUUGUGCAAGAACGUGCUUAUGUUCUGGUGGGUCUUAUUACACAGGCAGGUAUUUAGGACCAAGCGGAACAGGGACCGGAACAACAGCUGGGAGCCAUGGACAAGUUACAGUGACUGCUACCCCAGUUCCUACAACUACAGCAAGUAAAACAACUACUUCAACAAUUGGAACAACUGCUUCAACGAUUGGAACACCUGCUUCAACAAUGGGAACAACUACUUCAACGAUUGGAACAACUACUUCAACGACGGGAACAACAAAUUCAAAGAUUGGAACAACUACUUCAACAAUGGGAACAACUACUUCAACGAUGGGAACAACUACUUCAACAAUGGGAACAACGAAUAAAACAUUUGGGACAUCUACUACAAUAAUGGGAACAACAGCUUCAACCAUGGGAACAACUGCUAAAAAACAACCCUGCAUAGAUGAUCCACGUCUUACAUGCGAUAAAUCAGUGUGCAAUACUGACUUAAAAAUAUUUUGUCAGCUUACAUGUAAUAGAUGUCCGUGA